CGCCGCCCUCGCCCGCGGGGGCCGGAGGCGGAGGCAGCCGAGCCCCUUAUAAAAGGCGACCGAGGCGGGCGGCGGAGGGACAGCCUUGCGCUCCGAUCCGCGGCCCGCUCCGGCCCCGCUCCAGGCCGCGACCUCGCCAACCCUCAGCCAUGGCUCCGAGGCCGCUGCCCUGGCUGCUGCGCCUGGCCGCGCUGUGCCAUCUGACCGCGCUGCUGGCUGGACAGCACCUGGGCGUGACGAAAUGCAACAUCACGUGCCACAAGAUGACCCCCAGGAUCCCUGUGAAUUUGCUCAUCCACUACCGGCAGAACCAGGAGUCCUGCGGCAAGCGUGCCAUCAUCUUGGAGACGCGACUGCACAGACUCUUCUGUGCUAACCCAGAGGAGCAGUGGGUCCAAGAAGCCAUGAAGCAUCUGGACCGGAGGGCGGCUGCGCUGAGUCAGAACGGUGGCACCUUUGAGAAGCAAAUCGGUGUGGUGAAGCCAGGGGCCACCCCGACCUUCAGGGAACCACCCCGGCCUGCCGUGGCAGAGCCUGACUCUGCCACCGGGGAGAGCAGGAGUUCCGAGAUGACGGCUUCUUCCCAGGAGGAGUGGAGGCCCACGGGGACAUCCCCGGAGCUGCUGGUAGAAAUGACUACAUCCCUGGGGACUAGGUGGCCCCCGGCUUCCGAGGCUCACGAUGGAGGGCCUAUAGGCGGGCCUGAGGGCACGGAGAUUUUCCAUACAGGUGCCAUGUCUACUACCAUGGAGUGGCAGGGUUCUGGCCUCCGGGUUGAGGCUCCCUCCCCCCAGGCCUCCUCCACCCAGGCCCCCUCCACCCAGGCUCCCUCCAUCCAGACCCCCACCAUUUCACAGCUAGCUCCAGAGGAGAAUGUUGGAUCUGUAGGCCAACCAGGAUGGGUCCAGGAACAGAGCCCCAGCCCGGAGAACUCUCUAGAAUCUGAGGAGAUGGGCCCUGCUCCAGCUCACACCAAUGUUUUCCAGGACUGGGGGCCUGGUAGUAUGGCUCAUCCUUCUGUGGUCCCCAGCUCCGCGGAAGGGACCCCUAGCAGGGAGCCAGUGGCUUCUGGCAGCUGGGCCCCCAAGGCUGAGGAGCCCAUCCAUGCCACAGCAGACCCCCAGAGGCUCAGUGUCCUCAUGACGCCUGUCCCCGACUCGCAGGCAGCCACCCGGAGGCAGGCAGUGGGGCUGCUGGCCUUCCUUGGUCUCCUCUUCUGCUUGGGGGUGGCCAUGUUUGCUUACCAGAGCCUUCAGGGCUGCCCCCGCAAGAUGGCGGGGGAGAUGAUAGAAGGCCUUCGCUACGUCCCCCGCAGCUGUGGCAGCAACUCGUAUGUUCUGGUGCCAGUGUGAGCAGCCCAUCUGCCCGCAUCCAGUCGUUUGAUUCAGAAGGUGCCUGGGGCCCCCCCACCUUCAUACCCACCCUCACCCCAAGGGCCUGGCCUGAGCUGGAAUGAUAGGAAUGGAGAGCCAGGAUCCUCCAGCUGCUCCAAGUCCCCAGGGGUGGCCCAGGAGGCCACCCUUGACCUUUCUCCACCUGUGGGGGACAGAGGAGGUGGCCUCCACAUGCUCCCAGACCUGAACACUCCUCUGCUGCUGGCUGGUUAGAGGCUCCCUAACACUGUCCUGGCCCCAGUGAGCAAUUAUUUAUUGACUGCCUAGCUCCUGACCCUCUUCACCCUGUGAGCACGUGGCCCUUCCAUCUCCCAAAGAAGCAGCUGGCCCGGCCCCUCCACCCUGACCCCUUCUGCCCGCAGACUUCCUGCAUCUCCUGGUCCUGCUGCAGUCGCCAGCCUCUCCCGGGCAGCUGCGGUGCUAUCUCCCUCUUCCCGGCGCUUGUACAGAACCCACCUCCCAACCCGGUCCCGUCUUGUCUUGCAUGAGGCCAGUGCUGUGUGUCCUGGGACUGCCACUUGCAGAGCUGCUGGUGUCACAGAAAGAUAGAUGAGGGUGUCUUGGUGACUUUGGGGUAGUGUUUUGUUUUUAUUUUUAUUUUUUCCUGGUAGUAAAAGUUGGUUUUGUCUGAUGGCUGGGCUUCCAGCCCCAGCUGCACCCUUCCUGCAACAGGGCCCCCAUCUGUGAAGGAGAAGAGGAUGGCUGGCAGGUGGCCAUAGCUUGCACCCACUGACACCACACAUCCCUUUGCCCCAGACCCUGGACACAGCCCCCAGCCUUCACCAGCACAGCACCGAGGACAGCCAAUGCUGGCCAGUAGACGGGCACUUAUUUGGACCUUGUGGGCAAGCAGUGGUUUGACAGAUUGGGUUUUGCCCUGUGGGCCCCCUAAGUCAUGCCUGGGCUGGGGAACUGCAGGAGUUAGAAGGCAGCUCUGAAAUCCCUCUGUAUCCUGGCCAGGCUCCCUACUCUACCCCUAUAGCCCAUCCAGAAGGAUGAGAGGGGUGGGGAGGGAGGCAGAGGGCACCCCCCCCCCACCUCCAGGCCAUGGCGCUGCGUGAAAGGAGCCAGGGAUAAGCUGCUGGAGGGCCACCCUCUGGGCCUCUCUUUAGGGACCCAGGUAAGCUAUGGCUUGCUGUGGUCUCACACAGCCAGGGGCUUUCCUGUGGCCCUAGUCCCCGUCUUACCUUUAGUCCCCAGAAAGCACCCCGCCCUGAAUCCUUCUCUCACCUUUGCCCUCACAGAAGGUGAACGGGAAGUCCUGUGUGUAUCUGUGGAAGGGACUUCACCUUGUGAGGAGGACAGGGGAGGGAGGGGCAGUGGCCACAAAGUCCAGGGCUGGUUUGGUGGCUGCUGAAGAUGGCCUCACCUGGAGGUGAGGGGUCUGGCCAGCACCCCACAGCCAGAGCUGGACCUGCAGACCCGCUUCUUGGGGCCCCUGGUGGCAGCUCAUCAUGUUUGUCCCCAAGACUGGCCUUUGUCCUCCACCUGCAGAGCCUCUCCUGGGCAGGGCCAGUGACUCACACCUUGGCAGGUAGAUGCAAACAGCUGUGGGCUAGGGAGGGAGGAAUGAGGAAAGGAACAAACCCUCUCAUCCCACCUUUGCCCUGCUGGCUAGGACAGCCUUUGAGGACUGAUGAGGGAAGGGGUUCCCCCUUCCCUGGCUGUGGCUCCUCCCAGAAGGACAGGGACAAGCUGGGGAGAACUUUGGAAGGAAGUGAUGGGUCCUUUUGCUUUUUCAGCCCUCAUUAUCGAUGUCUGUGCCAUUUUGUAUUUUACUAAUAAAAUUUAAAAGUC